AUGAGCACUGUAGAUAGACUAGCUGGCGAAUUACAUGCGGAAAGACAAAAAUUGGCACUCUAUGAAAGAAAUUUGAGAGGUUUGUUUUUAAUUGGGACGCUCGAAAUGAUUUAUUGAUUUUUUUAGUAGCUGUGGAGAGUUGCAAAGUGUUGAAGACAGAAAAAGAGAAUUUGGCAAAUAUUAUCGCUGGAUUCGCAUGCGCUGAAAUUAAGGCAGGAGCUAGUGAAAUCGAACAACUCAAGCAAAAGGUUGGACUAUUGACAAAGGAAUUUCAGUCGAAAGAAUCGGCGUUGGUUUUGGCAAGAACUACAGUUAUUGUGAGUUUUUAUGGGGGAGGUGUGGGAAAAAAUUUGGAUUGAAAUUUUUCAUGUAAAAAUAUUGCUGUUUCAAAUUUUUUUUGAAAGAAUUAGGCCCACGCAGAGUUUAGCUUGCUCUCGAAUUCAAGGAUUGUCAAAAAAGUUAGGUUUUCUUUAAAAAUUAAAGUUCAUCAAAUAUUUAAGGCCAAAAUUAAAUUCAAUUUCUAAAAAACUAUACUUUUUUCCAGAAAGAAAACACGGAACUUAAAAAACGUCUGGCUGAAGCUCAAAACGUAACCCAACAAACUCCCACUCACAAAUCCGAAGGAUCAGAAAAUGUACAAAUUGCUGAACUUGAACUUCGACUGAAAAAAGAGAUUGGCUUGAAUAAAAAAUAUGAGAAAAAGUUGCAACAACUCGAAGAAAUCACAAAAGAAAACGAUGAGAAAAAAUAUGAGAAUAUAAUAAAACGACUAGAAGAGGAACGUGAACAAUUCAAAAAAUUAUAUGAAGAUGCACAUGGUCGAAGUAUAUAUUUAGAGAGGAAAUUUGCAUCACUUCAACUUGAUCAAAAGAAAUCACAUGAAGAUGAAAUUGCAAAGACACAUCUACAGAAAAAUCAUGUUGUUCUUGAAGAAGAUGAUUUUCGAAUCACUAAACUUGAAGAGCAAAUUCGCAUUCUAAGUCAGAGAUGUGAUGAAAAAGAGAACGAGAUAUCGGAACUCUCUGGAUUUCUAACAGUUUUGAAAGGGGAGAAUGUUUUUCUGAAGGAGCGAUUGGAACAGAUGGAAAGAUGCAAGAGUACGACUCCUGAGGCCAUGUGUUUUGUGGAUUUAAUGAGUGAAGAAUUUGAGAAGUUUAAGGAGGAUAAUGAAGAUGUUCUAGGUGAGUCUAAAAAAAAGUUUUUCAAUUCAGAUUUCUGAAAACCAUUUUUCCAGAAUUUCUCUGCCCUGCUGUUUUUAACGAAGUUAUGAUUUUGAUCGAAGAAGCUAAAGCCGAGAACUCCAAAUCUGAUCAAGUCAAAAUUUUGGAGCAUCAAGUUUUGAAACUUGAAAAAUCGAUAACGCAAAAAUCUACAGAAGUUGAGAGACUUGCCGAGAAGAUUCAAGAUUCUGAAAAAUUCCAAAGAAAACUUGAAGCCGAUUUGGAAGCCAAGGAAGAGUCGCUGACUAAAAAUCUUGAAACUAUUCGAAAACUCAAAGAUGAUUUGAAAAUUGAGGUAUCUAAAACGGAUGAGAUGAAGUCUGAAGUUUCAAAACAACGAAUCCGUGCACACGAAGAAAUCGAUGCUCGUGAUCGAGAAAUCGAGGCUUUCCGCAAAAUGUUGGUCAAUUUUCGAAAUGAGAAAAUGGAGAAGCCGAGGAAGAUCAGUAAACAUAAUAGGAAUUCGGGACAUGAAGAUGAUCCAGCAAGCUUCCGUAGAAGCCGCACUUUCUCACAAGAUGAUCGAGAAAGCAACGCAAAUGUGCCAAAUGAUCCGGAUUCGAAAAAUGUUUAUUAUGAAAAUCAGCUGACCAAGAAAGAGUUUGAUAUUCAAGAGUUACGGUAAGUAUUAUAUUUUCUGGAUAGGUUUAAAAGUUUCUCUGAUUUUUCAGUAAACAAUUGCUGGAUUUGGAAGUGAGGCUGCGUGAAAAUGAGCAAGUUGCAAUGACAAGACAAUUGGAAUCUGUUGCCAGAAGUGAAGAGAUGACUGAGAAAGUUCGAGCACUUGAAGGUAUCAUUUUUUUCUUGAGUAUAAAAAAUACGCAUUGAAAUUUUGUACUCUGAAUUUUUUUUGAUUCACAGAAUUUGUUAAAUUGAAUUAGGAUCCCCUCAACUAAAAUAAGUCUUCGAAACUCAAAAAAACUUAUUGUGAAUUUUUUUUGAGGACCUAAUUAUAGGAUGGGACCAAAAAUUGAGAUUGUAGUUCAUUUUCAAAUUUUCAAGUUCCCUUUCAGAGUUCAAUUUUAAAAAUCAAUAUUCUUCCCAGGAAAACUUCAAAUGCUCUCCUCUACCAGUGAGAUCGACUAUCUCCGCAACAUUUUCACACAAUUUCUUCACUCAAUGAAUUCCCCGAGUAUGCCAAGUAAACCGAUUCUGAAAGCAAUGGGAUCAGUGCUCAAAAUUCCGAUUUCCGAAAUGCGAAUGAUUGAUAAAAAAUGA